AGACUUCAGUCGAAGACAUUACCAGACGACUUCAUUUCUUAACACACCAUAGAGUGCUCAGAAACUCCAGACAUGGCAUCACAAACCAUUGAACUGGCAGCCCUAGGAAGACCUCUGUAUCCUGGUAUGCUGUAUGACUGCCGCAAGGAUUCCUUCAUUCCAGGUGUUACUUUGUGGGAUAAGAAAUCACUGAGGGAAGAUUUGGACAGUCGUCCGCAGCUGAUGACAACUUUGAAUUUCAGUAGUUCUGACUCUUUACUUAGUAAGUCCGAUCUCCUAAAAAUAAGUGCUUCCCUGAAGGCCAGCUUUUUGGGGGGGCUGGUGGAGGUGGGAGGAUCUGCCAAGUUCCUUAAUGACACCAAAUCUUCCAAUCAGCAGUCCAGAGUAACAAUGCAUUACAGCGAAACCUCAAGAUUCGAUCAACUCACUAUGACUCAGCUGGGAAAGAUCACCUACGCUCAGGUAUUCGACCAGAAAACUGCAACUCACGUGAUCACGGCUGUGCUGUACGGAGCUCAUGCCUUCAUGGUGUUUGAACGUUCAUUUGCAGAAGAUGAAAACAAGCAGGACAUUGAGGGAGAACUGGAUGUCAUGGUGAAAAAGAUCCCUGGAUUUUCCAUUGAGGGAAAAGGAGCUUUAAAAAUGACAGAUGAGGAUAAUAAAAAGGCUGAGACUAUCACCUGCACAUUUCAUGGUGAUGUCCAUCUUGAGCAGAAUCCCACAACAUACUUAGAGGCCCUAGAGGUGUACAAGAACCUCCCCAAUCUGCUGAAGAAAAAUCCACAGAAUGCAGUGCCGAUAAAAGUCUGGCUCUAUCCUCUUUGUCUGCUGGAUACAAAAGCAGCUCGAUUGGAGAGACAAAUCAGCGAUCAUUUGAUUUCCAACACUCAAGAUAUGAUGGAGGGGCUGAAGGAGGUAGAGAGGACAUGCAAUGAUCUGUCCAGAAGAAAAGAGAUGAAUGUUUUCAGUGACGUCAAAAAAAGGCUGCGCUCAUUUCAGGACUCUUUAAGCAUCUACAAGAUAGUGCUUCAGAAAGCUCUGGCCAGGUUCUUGCCUGCCAUUCGUGAAGGAAGUGUGCAGGAACAAUCCCUAGGAGACAUUCUGAUGAUACACAGCAGCUCCCCUUUUAGUGCUGACUUACUUAACCAAUGGUUAUCUGAUGCAAAGUCUGAACUUAAUUUAUUGAAUAAUCCCAGCAAGACGCUGAAGGAGAUUAACACGGAAGAUUCAGACAGGCUCAACAGCAUCCUUCUUGAUCCUGAUAUUAAAGCUGUAGUGUGCUUGACCUUCACAUCUCUGAAAUAUAAAGACCCAUAUCUUUCAACCCUGGCAGAGUUUGUGAAAUCUGAGAAGUUUACAAAGCUAGAUGAAAAAAUAAACCAGCCUUCUGUGACAUCUGAUGUCAGAAAGUGGUUCCAAGAUCCUGAUGUCAUUGCAAAGAUGAGAGAGAACUUAUCAGUCUUCAAGAAAUUUUCAGAGGCCAGUAAAAUUAACAAGAGUAUUCGUUUCAUUAUUUCUGCCAUCUCCGAUCCCUCCAUUCCAGGCUCCUCCAUCUAUUUGUAUGAAAAUGGGAAGUUGACCGACACAAAGUUUCAGCCCGUGUCCAAGCCACCCACACCAAUAAUAAAGAAUGUCCUGGAGGAAACUGUGUCCCUGGAACUGAAGAAGUCCCCAACUGGAGAAACAGUAAAGUACAGAUUGGAGUACAAGCAGAUAAACGCAGGUUCUGGAGCUGAGGAGCAGUGGCUUUUCAUAGACACAGCUGAUCAAGACUUCACACUGACUGAAUUGGUACCUGGGAAGCAGUACUUGAUCCGCUACAGGAUAGUGGGUAAAGUGGGAGUGAGUGAAGCCAGUGAUACUGUCAGCCCUACACUCUCUUCAAUCACUGUUCCCAGGACCAGGAAAGACUUCCUACGAUAUUCUCAGCGGCUCUCUCUGGAUCUGAACACAAUAAAUAAACACCUCCUUCUGUCGGAGAACAACCGAGUGAUUACCUGCACUAACACACUCCAGUCGUAUCCCGGACAUCCAGACAGAUUUGAUGACUUCUAUCAGGUGUUUUGUAGAGAGAGUGUGACUGGACGAUGUUACUGGGAGAUUGAGUGGGGUGGAAAUGAAGGUGUGGAUGUAUCAGUGUCUUAUAAGACCAUCGGCAGGAAGGGAGGGCAUAAUGAAUGUGUGUUUGGAUAUAAUUAUCAGUCCUGGAGUUUGUUCUGCGGUCACUCCUGUUGCUUAUUCAGACACAAUAACAUAAAGACUGAUCUCCCUGUAAAAGGCAUCAGUAGGAAAAUAGGAGUGUAUGUGGAUCACGCAGCAGGAACUCUGUCUUUCUACAGCGUCUACAGCGACACAAUGACCCUCAUCCACUCAGUCCAGACCACAUUCACUCAGCCGCUCUAUCCCGGGUUUAUUGUUUAUUAUGUUGGAUCUUGGGUAAAACUCAGUGAAUGAAUUAGAAUAGACUGAGAUUCUAGAUAGAAGAGAUUCUACCCAUAAUGCUUUAAGUGGCACAACCUUUUAGUAACAGGGAAAUGUUAUAGUCUCUUCUUUUCUCUUCAUGAUGGGUCAGGAUUUCUCAUCUAGACAGUCAGAUCAGUGUGCAUGUGUGUGUGUGUGUGUGUGUGUGUGUGUGUGUGUGUUGUUUGUGAUGAUCUGUGUUUUGGGGCUUUUCUCGAACUCUGUACUGAUUAAAACCUUGUAAUGUUAUCUUAUUGUUCUUGUUUUUUUCUACUCUUUGGAAUAAAACACAAUGUAAGAUCACCUGAGAGCAUAUUGCAAUUGAUGAUGCAUGCGUGGGAUGUCUGAAUGCUGUAUGAAUUAUGGAAAAAAAGUCAUGAGACAGAAAUCCCCUUUAUUUUCUUAUCAAAUAUUUUAUUUUAUUUUAUUUCACCUUUAUUUUUAAUCAAAUAUUUAUUAUACCCACAUUAAAGACAUA